UUCUUUGAAAAUGUUACUUUCAUUUUAAUGAUGUGUUUGUUGAUGUGUUUUAAAUGAUUAAAAAUAAUAAAACAAAAGUUACCAACGUUUUGGCCAAUUUAUCAGCUGUUUGAUACACAUAACAGAAUUAAACAAUUUUUAUAUACACGUGAUAACAUAGAGAUGAACGAACACUCUGACAGUUGUUCCCUCUCAGCACCCUGCAGUCGUUUCGACUCUGCGCGUGCAAUAGAUGACCACGAUGCAACAGACGAUGACAUGACUUUCUGCAUGUCGAACUACGCUAAGGAAGCGCUUAAAAUGAUGUUCAUGAUGAGGUCGCAUGGGAUGCUUACAGACGUUGUGCUUGAGGUGAAAAAGGAGCUAUUUCCUGCUCACAAGGUAGUUCUUUCCGCUGCAUCCCCGUACUUUAAGGCCAUGUUUACUGGCGGACUGAAAGAGUCUGAGAUGUCACGCGUGCAACUUCAGGGGGUUUGCCCAACGGCAAUGGCCCGCAUUCUUUAUUUUAUGUACACUGGACAAAUACGUGUAACAGAAGUCACUGUCUGCCAACUUUUGCCAGCUGCAACAAUGUUUCAAGUGCAAAAUGUUAUUGAUGCGUGCUGUGCAUUUCUGGAACGUCAGCUGGAUCCAACUAACGCUAUCGGCAUUGCCAAUUUCGCCGAACAACACAGCUGUAGCGAGCUACAGAAGAAAGCAAACUAUUUCAUAGAACGACACUUUAUGCAAGUAUGUCAGGAGGAAGAAUUUUUGCAGCUGUCUGCUUAUCAAUUGAUAGCCCUCAUAAGGCGGGAUGAAUUGAACGUGCAGGAAGAACGCGAUGUAUACAAUGCUGUCCUAAAAUGGGUGAAAUACGACGAGGACAAUCGCCAUUCUAAAAUGGAACAUAUACUUGGCGCUGUUCGGUGUCAGUUUCUAACUCCAAACUUCCUUAAGGAGCAGAUGAAAAACUGUGACGUACUCCGUAAAGUUCCUGCCUGCCGCGAAUAUUUAGCCAAGAUCUUUAAAGACUUAACAUUGCACAAGUGUCCAGGCGUGAAGGAACGCACACCAAACACAACGCGUAUGAUAUUCGUCGCUGGCGGAUUUUUUCGUCAUUCCUUGGACAUAUUAGAAGCAUACAAUGUAGAUGACAAAACUUGGACUACCUUACCAAAUCUGCGCAUCCCACGUUCCGGUCUGGGCGCGGCAUUUCUUAAAGGCAGAUUCUAUGCAGUGGGCGGACGAAAUAACAACAUUGGCUCUUCAUACGAUUCCGAUUGGGUAGAUCGUUAUAGUGCGAUUAGUGAGACGUGGCGACCCUGCUCACCAAUGUCUGUACCGCGCCAUCGUGUCGGGGUGGCAGUCAUGGAUGAGCUAAUGUAUGCUGUUGGUGGAUCUGCAGGAAUGGAAUAUCACAAUACUGUUGAAUACUAUGAUCCCGACCAAGAUCGAUGGACUCUCGUCCAGCCUAUGCAUUCUAAACGCUUGGGCGUCGGCGUCGUGGUUGUUAACCGUCUGCUUUACGCCAUUGGUGGCUUUGAUGGCAACGAACGUUUGGCCAGUGUGGAGUGUUAUCAUCCGGAAAACAAUGAAUGGAGCUAUUUACCAUCCCUAAAUACUGGCCGCAGUGGAGCGGGUGUAGCCGCCAUUAAUCAGUAUAUCUACGUGGUGGGUGGAUUUGAUGGCACUCGGCAACUAGCUACGGUAGAGCGAUAUGAUACAGAGAACGAGACAUGGGAUAUGGUAGCGCCAAUACAAAUCGCACGAAGCGCUCUUUCGCUGACCACACUAGAUGGCAAACUUUACGCAAUUGGCGGCUUUGACGGCAACAACUUUUUGUCAAUUGUAGAAGUCUUCGAUCCGCGUUCAAACACCUGGGAACAGGGAACUCCAUUAAACUCUGGUCGCUCUGGCCACGCUUCCGCGGUCAUAUACCAGCCUUCCUGUGCAUCCACAUUUAUGGACUACGAAGAAAGUGUAACCCCCAAGCGUGAUGACAGCAAUGAUGAAAGGCAGACCGAUUCGUCGCAAUAUCCCUUUGGAGGCAAGAGUCUGACGUUUUCAGGUAUUUCAUCCAAUAUGCAGUUUCAUGCUUCCUAUGGUGCCGCUGGAUGCCAUAAUUGCGAGUCAAAUAUAAAGCCAAAUGAUACUGCUCUGUUAGCAUUGCGUAAGAAAUAUAUAACAAAUAAAAUGACCGAUAAUAACUUAGGGAAAUAUAAAAAUUGUCAUUUCCCAAAAGCGCCUUCGAAUCUAAUCAAUACACAAAGACGCUGCUUAUUGACUCCAAUGUAUAUAGCCAUGCAAAAUAUAAUACUUAAGAGCUGCGAAUGGCACUACAAAAAGGACACAACAUCGUCAUGACAAUUAUUUGAAUAGCAGAUGCUAGCAAUGGCUUUUGUGAAACCAAAUAAGUUCAUUUUAAGUCUAAUCAUUCACAUACACACAGUUUAUAUUCCAUUUCGUUAAACAUUCCACAUUUAACAUACAAACGAAAAG